AAGUGGUUAUUUAUUGAAGAGAUUAUACCAGUUCUAGGACCAUUCGCUAAAACUAUUAAAAGACUUGAGAGAAGCCAAUAUUUAGCUAUAAGCUAUGUAUAUCUCUAUAAUAACAAUCAAGAUGAAUUGAAAAAUAAACUGCAAAUUAAAGAUGAUGCAGAAGAUAAACCAAAAGUAAAACAAAAGAUUAAAAUCAAUAGGCUAGUUAAUAUGUUUAGAUUAAUUGAUAUGAUUGAAGAUAAACUUUAUCAAGCAGUAAAUGAUUAUUAUAAAGAUUUGAAACUUGACGAUCUUGUUGCUUCACUCUUGGAUUCACAUUGA